CAGCCAGUGAGCUAUCAAUGGAAAAUUUGCAAACUCACGGCCCACUGUAGUAGUGCAUUGCUAUUUCAAACUUACGGCUUCCUUCAUGCUACUGUUUGACUACACUCGUGGCUCCUGCUCCGGUAUCCUGUCGUCGCCGUUGUCGUCACGACCUACCUACUACUUUAUAACUGAAUGCUCGCGAUGCUGUUGGAUCUUUUCCCGAGAAGAAGAUGAGAUGACGAUGCGAAGUGAGUGAGGGUUUCCUUUUUCGCUCUCGGUGAUUUUUCCCUCCCAAUCUCGAGUCAUGCAGAGGACCAACUUUGCCACCGAACGAACGUGUUUCCAUCGUCAUCCUCCUUGGUUGGUGGUCCAGAGCUCCACUUGCUCAUCUUCAGUUUGAUUUUUGAGGUUCGUUGCGGCGGACGCUUUCCUGAGGAGCAAAUAUCCGGGUCCGGGUCCGGUGUGACAACCGUUUGAUAGCGACCGUUUCCCCCCUCUCGGAAUGUGCUACUGAGCUUCUGCCGUUUGUACUUGUUAUCGGUAUCCCUGUGAUUUACCACCCCGGUGUGCGGUUUGGGUUUUUCGUGAGAAGAAGAAAUUCUUUUCCACGCGCUGCCAAGUGAAGUCGACGAGUCCACAAGUAAUUUACUCAAGUGCUGAGAAACUUAUUGUUCUUGAGAAUCUCAAGUGGAUUUCGGUGGAUUUCCGUUCCUGCCCAGACAAGUUGGGAAGAAUGUUUCUUUUCUACGGUUACGACGAUUGUCUUGGAGCAGCAACUAUAAAAGAAUCAUCGGAGUUUGAUAUUAAUUGAGAUUGUUCCUCGGAGAAAACGGAGCGAAAUUCAGACGUAGCGGUUCUUUUGAAGUGUAAAGUGCAGACCCAAGCGUCGGGACACUAGAGCUUCGGAGCUAUUCAACUGACAACCAUCUAAAUUAAAUUCUUCAACCGAAGUGAAGUUUUCUGUCCUGGCCCUAUGUCACCGGUUAUGACGGAGAGUGCGAAGUAAUCCAGAGUGGACGUGGAAAAUAUUUAAAUUGAAAGCCAACGUGAAGGUAUCUGGCUCCGGUACGGAAGGAGCGAAAGUGUCAAGUGAAGUGUGAUGAAUUAGGUGUUUUGUUCGGAUUAUAGGUGUGAAAUAGCUCAUGCAGAAGAAAACGAGUGCACAUGGAUAGUGAAUAAUUGAAUAAUUUAAAGUGAAGGAUAUUCAUCGGAGUGGAUGAAAUAUACGCAGGAAAUAUAAACGAUAUGUGAGUUCUCACUUUGGAUUGUUUGCAAGAAGUAGUUAACCACAAGAAGGAUUAUCACCCACACCAACUGACUCCGUCAACACAGGGGAAGUUCCGUUAAAGUCUUUUCCGUACAAGUCGCUGCUGUCGUAUGCGACGACGAUGGAUCAACUGUAAAAAGUUUCCCUUUCCGCGCUUUUAGUGCCAAUAGUAGAUAUGCACUCACGGGACUGCCAAAGUGUGAAAUAAUUAUUAGUGUAUACAUGUAUCUAUAUACAAUGUUGCCGUAAGGAAUGGUUUGGAUCGCAGAAGCUGGUGGGACUGACGUUCGGUAAUUGGAAAUCAAAUUAAGAGGGAUACGUACCACCCCAAUUCUGCUAGAGUGUAAGAGCUGGGAAAGUUUAGACUCAAAAUUAAGUGACUUCAGUGAAAGUUGUAAUUAGUGGCUUUUGUGUACGAGAGAGAAAAAAAAAGUUUCAUUCGAGCGCGAUGUGCUACGAAAGUUUUCGGAACUCCAUCAUCAUGCCGUGCAGUUAUUUCCAACGAAGGCAGUAGUUGCUGACGGGUUCUCGCUUUGUUGUGCAUCAUAUGAUUUUACCAGAGCUAAGCCAAAAUGGACGUACACGGCCUGCUGAAGGCUGUUUGCUUGCUGUACAUUAUAAAAGGCGUCAUACUGUUGGAUCUUCAGGGGCCGAUGUUUCUCAGUGAGCCGCAGCACCGAGUGGAGUUUUCGAAUAACACCGGGGGACACAUCGAGUGCUCGGGACAUGGGAGUCCUCCGCCAGAUGUGGAAUGGUCGGUAGCGACAACCAACCACGAACUGGUGUACUCGUCACCGAACGGAAGUUUGAUUUUUUACCCCUUCUCGGCGGACAAGUUUCGGCACGAGAUCCACUCCACAGUGUAUAGAUGUAAAUUAAAAAACUUAGUCGGUACUAUUUUGAGCCGCGAGGUGCACGUGAAAGGAGUCGUUAAUCAGAAGUACAAUGUACAAGUACAUGACGAAUAUGUCAUGACGGGGAACACCGCAGUCCUGAAAUGUCAGGUGCCUAGCUACAUUCAGGACUACGUGGUAGUAACGGCCUGGGUGCAAGAUACCGGUGUGCACCUGUACCCAAACACCGACAUCGGGGGCAAGUACAUCGUCCUAUCGAACGGCGAUCUGUACAUAAACAACGCUGGACCAAGUGAUGCGUACAAAACGUACUCUUGCAGAACUGUAAAUAGACUAACAGAAGAAAUACAACUUUCGACAUAUCCAGGUAGAGUGAUAGUGACUGAGCCGAAAGGACUAGUACAACCUAGAAUUAAUGUAGAGAAACAUUCACUCAAGCACGUGGUUGUGAAUGCCCACGUGACGCUGCCUUGCGUGGCCCAAGGCCACCCGGUGCCAACGUAUCGCUGGUUCAAGGAGGUCAAGGACCAGAUCAUCCCCCUGCAGCUGAACGAACGGAUCAGCAUCGUUUCAGCGGGGUUGCUCAAAAUUGCCAAAGCCCGCCUGGAGGACAGCGGGAAGUACCUUUGCUGGGUGAACAACACGGCCGGCGAAGAGACAAUCCAGGUGACGUUGACCGUUACCGCUCCUUUAUCAGCACACCUGCAGCCGCAAGUACAAACCGUAGAUGUUAGCAAGGAUGCACAGUUUCAGUGCAUCAUUUCGGGGUUUCCCGCCCACGAGGUGCUCUGGAUGCACAACGGGAAACCGAUUGUCCGUGACAGUCGGAUAGAAAUCUACACCGAUACGCCACGUAUUGUGAUCAAGAACGUUCAGAAGGAGGACCAGGGCAUGUAUCAGUGUUUUGUGUCCAACGAGUGGGAGCAAAUCCAGAGCACGGCAGAACUACAACUGGGAGAUGCAACGCCGGAGCUACUUUAUUGGUUUUCCGAGCAAACCCUUCAGCCAGGCCCGACCGUUUCGUUAAAGUGCGUUGGGACUGGAAAUCCUCCACCGCAAUUUACCUGGAAGCUGGAUGGUUUUCCGAUACCGGAUAAUUCUCGCUUCGUGGUUGGCCAAUACGUAACAAUACACGACGACGUAAUCAGCCAUGUAAAUAUUUCAAACGUCAAGGAAGAGGACGGCGGCGAGUACACCUGUGUGGCGCAGAAUAGCAUAGGAAGAGUAUCACACAGCGCCAAAGUGAACGUCUACGGGCUUCCAUAUAUUCGAGAGAUGCCUAAAAUUACCGGUGUGUCCGGCAGCGACCUGAUAGUGAAAUGUCCCGUGGCGGGAUAUCCAAUCGAUAAGAUACACUGGGAACGUGACGGCCAAACACUGCCCAUAAAUCGUCGCCAGCGAGCGUACAACAACGGAACGCUAAUCAUCGAACAACUACAACGGACGGAAGAUGCCGGAACGUACACCUGCAUGGCGCAGAACAAGCAGAAGCAAACAGCCCGGCGGAACGUCGAGAUACAAGUCAUAGUGCCUCCAAAAAUCAUGCCCAUUCAAUCCAUGACGAACAUGCUGCGUGAAGGGAUGCGGGCUGCCAUAUCAUGCCAAAUACUGGAAGGUGACCUCCCGGUGACCUUUCGCUGGGAACGCAACGGAAAACCGAUUCUCGGCACCGGGAAUGAAGUAAUACGGCGAUUAGACGAAUACUCUGCCAGCCUGGUUGUUGAACAUAUCACGUCCGAGUACUCGGGAAACUAUACCUGCAUUGCAAGUAAUGUCGCUGGAAGUGAAACCUUCACCGUUCCGUUGACGGUAAAUGUACCACCGAAAUGGGUUCUGGAGCCAAAAGACUCCAGCGCACAGGCGGGUCAGGACAUCGCGUUGCACUGCCAAGCGGGAGGUCACCCAAAGCCGACAAUCGCGUGGAAGAAAGCAAUCGGAAGCACUCCCGGGGAAUACAAGGAUUUUUUAUACGAGCCCAACGUAUCGUUGCACGCAAACGGAACGUUGGAAUUUCGUAAGAUCACCAAAGAAUCGCAGGGACAUUUUUUGUGCGAAGCCAAGAAUUCCAUCGGAACCGGUGUCAGCAAAGUCAUUUUCCUGAAAGUUAAUGUGCCUGCUCAUUUUAAUACUAAAAGCAAACAAAUAACAUCUCCACGGAACAAACAAAUCCAUAUCCAGUGCAACGUACAAGGCGAUAAUCCCAUCGAUAUCAAAUGGAAAUUGCAAAACUCACAGCAACACAUAGACGAAUCCUUGGAUAACCGAUACAAUAUCCGCGAGCAAGUUCUAGAUGACGGUAUGGUAUCGGAGCUAGGAAUAUCUCAUACCUACCGUCAGGACACAGGAGUCUAUGUAUGCCACGCAACGAAUGCCUUCGGUCACGACGAAAUGUCGAUCCAGUUGGUUAUCCAAGAGGUUCCUGAACCGCCCAAGAACCUCCGGAUAAACUCACAGCAAUCACGAACACUCCAGCUGUCUUGGAGUCAACCAUUUGCUGGAAACAGUCCCAUCGAAAAGUACAACGUGGAAUACAAACUCACGACCGAUUUAUGGCAAUCGGCUGAACACAUAACAGUAGCGGGGACGCAAACCGUCAUCACGUUACAAAAUCUCAAACCAGCGAAAGCAUAUCAUAUACGAAUAUCGGCCGAAAACAAACUGGGCGCGUCCGAGUACUCGGAAGUGAUCCAAGUGACUACUUUAGAAGAAGUGCCUUCCGGUCCACCGUUGAACAUCAAGGGUGAAUCGAAAAGUUCCACCGAAAUCUUCCUCUCGUGGGAGGCUCCAGAUCGUGAGCAAUGGAAUGGUAAUCUACUGGGUUACUACGUGGGAUAUCAGGAAGCAUCUGGGCCUAACGAUAAGGAAAUCAAACCAACGCAAGGCUUUAAUUUUAAAACCGUUGAAGUGCGAACGCACUUUGGUGGAGAAACCACACUAACCAACUUGAACAAGUGCACCCAGUAUAACAUAGUGGUGCAGGCCUAUACAAGUCAGGGAAGUGGACCACCCAGCAAGGAGAUCUCCAUCGGUACGCUGGAGGAUGUGCCAUCGACUCCUCCUGACAGCCCCAAAUGUGACGUGCUGAGCUCCACAUCCAUCUACAUCACGUGGUCUCCACCGGCACCAGAGGGGCAAAACGGGAAGAUCCGAGGCUACAAGGUGUCCUAUAUUGAAAUUGAUGAUCUUUUCGAAAAAGAACCAUACGUUACAAAAACCAAUAAUCAAUAUAUGACCUUGGAGAACUUGAAGAAGUUUACCAACUACACAUUCUGGGUGCUUGCAUUUACGAAAGUCGGUGAUGGCGUUCGGACCACCUCCUUUUUCUGCACCACGCAUGAAGAUGUUCCUUCCUCACCGAAAGCGAUCAAGGCUGUUCCUGCAUCGAGUACGAAAAUUAUAAUUUCCUGGCUCCCACCGGCGAGUAGGAACGGCAUCAUCACCGGUUACACUUUCUACAUGGCCCUCGUAGAUGGUGGUCGUGACGAAGGAACACAUAAACGAUCAUUGGUACCUUACGCAGAGAUACACGAAACAGUUCGACUGCAGGAGCAUGCCACCUACCAGUUCUGGCUGACGGCAUCCACGAAGGUGGGCGAAGGCGAGAAGUCGGAAGUGAUCACAGUUCCUCCAAAUAAUAAAGUUCCUGCUCGAAUCGUGUCGUUUAGCCAGGAGAUCGUCACACCGUGGAAGGAAACGUUGGUUCUGCCGUGCAGGAAGGUAGGAGUUCCUGCACCGGUUACAAUCUGGCGGCAAGACGAUCAACCGAUGGAAACCGGUACGAGGAAGCUGAUUGCCAAGAACGGAACACUCUACAUAAAAGACUGUCAGCAUUCGGAUGCUGGAAACUACACUUGCAGCGUCGAGAACAACUGGGGUAAAGACGAAAUAGUUUACCAUAUUAAGAUUAAGGUUCCUCCGGAUCCACCGAGCUUAUCGGUUAUCAAUACCUACACGGACAGCUUACUGCUCGAAUGGUUGGACAAUCGUCAUGGAGGGUCGCCAAUUCUAGGAUAUGUUAUAAACUAUAAACGAGAGCACGGUGAUUGGGAGGAGAUUCAAAUAGAUUCUAAGACCAAUACUCACCUCUUGGUGAAUUUGUGGUGCGGUACAAAAUACCAGCUGUACAUUACGGCCUACAACAAAAUCGGAACCGGUCUUCCAUGUGACAUAGUACAUUCCCAAACGAAGGGACUGCCUCCAGUGCAGCCGAAACACUCACAAAUGAUAACCAACAAUUCAACCAGCGUGACUUGUUGGUUAGACUCCUGGGGUGACGGAGGCUGUGGGAUUUCCCAUUUCUCCGUGGAAAAUCGAGUGUAUGGAAGAUCACAGUGGAAUAUGAUUUCAAACCAUGUCGAAGCAACGGAACGGAUAUUCACAGUGUCAGAGUUGAUACCGGCAACCAAGUACCAGCUUCGAGUGACAGCUUAUAACAACGCCGGGGCUACGAUGGCGGUCUACAACUACACCACGUUGACUGUGGCUGGAGUGAUUGUUCACCCCGAUUUGACUAAUCCGGUUUCACCUCACUUAGGAGACAAUCCUUUCUACGCAAACUUCAAGGUUCUGGUACCACUUUGCCUAUCAAUUCUGAUUCUGUUCGCACUGAUAGCAGCCGCUCUACUCAUACGGAAGAAAAAGCUUAACAACCAGAACCGAAUACCAUCGACAUCUAUGUCGGAAUCGCCAUCCAUCGCCAACAUCCAGAACAAGCAAAACCGGGACCAGCAGUAUCUGGCGGUGCGCGCUCAGCAGAACAGCCGCAACAGCAACUCUGUCGAUUCCGGUAGCUUUAAAGCCGAAGGAAAUGAAUACAUUGAAGACAUUUGCCCGUAUGCAACAUUUCAGCUGAACAAGCAAACGUACAGCGAAAGUUCAUACAGUGGAAAUGUUUACAGUGGACCCUAUCACUCGACAUCUCUCGCACUCAUUGUUAGCCUUUGUUUGAAGAAUAGAGGAGAACCAAUCGAACAGGAUUGAAUCAUGCCAAUUGAUGUGCCUUUGUGGUCUUGUAGAUUUCUAACCGUUGCGUUGGUUGUUACAAUUCCAGAAAAAACUUUGGGAAUAUGUUGUUGCAAUCUACACGAAAGAUUGUAAUUCAAAUAAUGUCAAGCAUGUUAAAUUGAAGUCAUUUUGAUGGAUUAACAAUCAAAUACUACUCAUUUUUUUUCUUUUUUUUUCUUGUACAUAUGUAUCUUUUCGGAGAAAAUGAUAUUCAUUAUGAUGGGUAUCAUUUUACUUUUCAAUGGCAAAGUUGUAAAUAACCUGGAAAGAUUGACGAACUUACGGUUAUUUCUGUUUUUAACAGUUCUUACUACAGAAAUCUUACUAAAAAAAUGUAUGAAAUGUUUUUUACAUGCCUGGAUUCUGUUUUUCACUUAAGACAUGAAUAAACCUAGAAUUAAUUUGCAGCCAUUUAUUGCACCCAUAAAUAACUGGGAACGUUCCAUAGAAAAUCAAAAAGUGCUCCAUAAAGAAUGAGCAGAUGUUCCUCGAAAUGUGCAAUGUUACCCAUAAAUAAUUUAAAACGUUCCAUACUUUAUAGAAGAUGUACUGGUAAAAUACAAACAUUCUUAUCUUAUCUUGGAGUCUUCGACAAAGUAUUUUGGAUUGAAUGUUACUACAUUCUUACGUCUUUGGUUCUGAUCUAGAUCUGCUAAAACUGAACUAGAACUAGUGUUCUUGGUAUGCAUCCUACAGGAUUGGAGUCUUCGGCAUAGUGCUUUGAAUUGGUUGGUACUACAUUCUAUCGUCUUCGAUUUUGAUCUUGGUCGGCUGAAACUGAUCUAGAUCAGUUGCAUCUUUCAACACGACGCUCUAGUGUUCUCGGUAUGCAUCCUAGAGGAUUGGAAUCUUCGACAAAGAGUUUUGAAUUAUUUGAUUGUCUUCGGUUUUGAUCUAAAUCUACUAAAACUAAUCUAGAUAACUUUUAUCUUUUAAUACGACUCUCUAGUGUUCUUGGUAGGCAUCCUAGAGGGUUGGAGUCUUCGAAAAAGUGCUUUGGAUUGAUGGGUACUACAUUCUUACGUCUUCGGUUAUGAUCUAGAUCUGUUGAAACUGAUCUAGAUAAGAUUAACCUUCCAAUACGACUCUCUAGUGUUCUCGUUAUGCAUCCUAGUGGGUUGGAAUCUUCGGCAGAGCGCUUUGGAUUGGUUAGUCCUGCAUUAUUAGGGGAAAGUGGGGUAAUAUGCACCCCCUAAGCAAACGUGGCCCUAUAACUAAGAUUAAGAUGAUUUUAUGGUGCCUUGCGUUUUGAAAGUAAGUUUAUUUAUUUGACUAAGAGACGCCAACUUUUGGUCCGCGUGAUAUCAAAUUUACCGAAUCAAAUUAACAAUUUAAAAAAGUGUUACGUUUUGAGUGCUGAAAAACUGUUGGGGACAAAACGCACCUUGAGGUGGGGUUUAACGACCUCUGGAAUUUUCCGCAUAGAAUUCUAAUGAAAUACUAAGCGGCUCCAUUUUACUAUUUACGGCAGCAAAUGGAAGGUGUAGGAGGCGGGUGGUAGUUGAUAGGUUGGUUCCAUAUAAUCAGCGCGCAAUUGCUUAAAUUGCGUACGCUUCAAAUUAGUCAAUCUUUCCAAAUGUGGAAAACCAUCGUUUUCCACGCUUUUCAUUCGAAUAUUCUUAGCAUUCUUGGGCAUGUCCGGCUCAAUUUUACGUCUAGUUUGCUUGCAUCGGAUGGAACUUCACUUAUAAAAUGAAAUAGCGUGAGGGCGUUGUAACGGACAAAUUGGAACCAUAUGAAUGCACAUUUUAUUUUCCGUAUUCCUAUAACGCCUGUAACUUUUGAACCAAAAGAGAUAACGACCAUGUCGCACGAAUCGACGCGUCUUCUAAUGCUCUACAAGUGUUUCUUGGGCGACUUUGAUGAAAAAUCGAAACUGAAAAAGUUAACGCCAGAAAACCGGAUUUUCUU